UAAAAGUGAUGAAGUGAAAAAUUCUGUAAUGCUGUAAAUUGAGUUUUAAAUAAGCAGAGGGUUUUAUAAAGUUUAACAAAACUUUAUUAAAACCUAUUUGUGACUAUAAGAUUCUUCAUCGCAAAAGUGGCCGUGUCAGACACUUUUAUGUACACGACUUUGCCCAAAGUGUGCAAGUCUUAAAUAGUGCAAUUUAAUUUAUAAUAAGUGUAAAGCAUGAAGCAGAUAAAUGUAUCUGUAAUAGGUCUCUCAGGGACUGAAAAAGAUCGGGGUCAAGUUGGUGUUGGAAAAUCUUGUCUAUGCAACAGGUUUAUUCGCCCGAUGGCUGAUGAUUACUUUAUUGAUCACAUAUCAGUGUUGAGUCAGAGCGAUUUCAGUGGAAGAAUUGUUAAUAAUGAUCAUUUCUUAUACUGGGGAGAUGUACGAAAAACCACUGAAGAUGGAGUGGAGUAUAAUUUCCAAAUAAUUGAGCAGACAGAAUUCAUGGACGACUCAACAUUCCAACCCUUUAAAGUUGGGAAAAUGGAACCAUAUUAUAAACGGUGUGUAGCCACGAAAGUAUUUUCGGCAGAAAAACUUAUGUAUAUAUGCAAAAACCAAUUGGGCAUAGAGAAGGAAUACGAACAGAAAGUUAUGCCCGAAGGUCGUCUUAGUAUAGAUGGUUUCAUCAUAGUUUUUGAUGUUAGUCCAGUGCCUAAUCGGCCGGUUGAGAAGCAAGUUGAAUUUGUCCACAAUGUCAUAACAAAUAUUCUUAAAAAUAAGAAACCACUUGUGCUCGUGACAACAAAGAACGACGACGCCAAUGAAAUAUAUAUACGAGAAGCAGAAAAAAUAUGCCAACGCAAGGAAUAUAAGGGUUUGGUGCAGUUGGUAGAAACAUCAUCGCAUGAAUCUAUAAAUAUAGACUUAGCAUUUAUACUCCUUGCUCAAACGAUAGAAAAAGUAAAAAGUCGUAUCAAAAUUACCUCAUAUCACGAGGCUGCAAAAUCACGCAAGGAGCUGUUAGACACACGAACUGAAGCUGUAACGAGACUCAUUCGCAAUCAAAUAAUUGAUUAUCAAGUGUUUUGGUCACAAGGCUCCAAAAUAUUAGCCCAGUAUAGAGAAUGGACCGAAUUUUUGAAUAUUUUUGGAGUAGAAGCUGGUCUGAAGCUUUUCAGACGUCAUAUGAAAAAGUUACGGGAUGACCACUUAAAUAAAAAACUGAAUCAGUAUAUAGAUAAAUUUGCCAAUACCUUAGAGUAUCUUUUGCCCGACAUUAGCACCUUAGGAACUGUUGAUGAAAAUAUAUGGGUAAAUGCCAAAGGCAUUUUGCGAAACCACCCUGACUUCGAACAAUAUUUUUUCGAAUGCCCUAUAGCAUCAUGGACUGAAUUAGAUGCUAUGGAAGAAGCCGAGGAUGAAGUACGCAUUCCAUUUGAUGUAUUGGACACUCCAGAAGCAGAAACAAUAUUCAGAAAUUACGUAAAUGCGGUACAGCAAGAUAAAAAGAAAAUAGGAUGGAAACACCAGUUUAAACUAUUGUUGGAAGAGUCUGGCUUUGUAACACCGGGUAAGCAGUUGUCGGAGGUUCGAGUGCUUUUUAUGGGACGCGAGUGUUUCGAAGCUUUAUCCGAACAUGACUGUCAACAAAUUUAUGAUAUUCAUCAAGACGAAAUAAUUGAGAAAAGUAAGCAAAACUUCAUUGAACUUUUGUUGGAAAACGCCCAAUUUUUUCAGCAGUUUAAAAAUGUGGACAUUAUAACUCAAGAAGAUGUUCGAGCUAUAACAGAUCUUAUACAGGAUGAUUCCAGGUAUAAGAUAUUAGAUAGGCUUGACCAGGAGAGACGAGUAAUCCUAUUCCAACAUUUGGGCUUCAUUCACUGCCCCAUACGCGAGCAUUGCCCCUUCUUUCAUAAUUGUGUUGAUAGUUUAGUAGACGAAUGUUUGGUAGAUAAAUCACCUAAUCAAAAGAAUUCUACUAAUUGGAAAUCGGCGAACUCCGAUAGGACAUUGAAUUUAUUAAUAGUCGGGUCAGAGCACCUGGCAAGUGAUUUACUCAAUGAUAUUCGCAUGUGCACAGGAUCCAAGGGAGAAUAUGUGUAUGAGAACCAAACAUAUUACUUAAAUUAUCGCAUUGCUAAUGGAGAUAUGGAAGCAUUUAAGUCAAUUGAUGUUCAUUCGAGUGGUUUAAUUUGUGUGUACUCAAAUCAGCAGUCGUUUGAAACACUUAAAGAUAACCUAGAACGUACUUUACUGUGCAAUUUGGAAUUAGAGGACAAGUUUGAAAACUUGCCCAUAGUUUUGGUGUAUCAACCUCAAGAUUUGAAGGAGAACGAAGUUGAGUACCUGCGUAAUGAAGGAUUACGAUUGUCUGAAAUGCUGCACUGCGAUUUUAUUGAUCAUCAACAAAAUCAACAAAAAUAUGUUUACGAAAUUCUUAAUAUAGUUAUACUUUCUUUGCGAUUAUCUGAAAUGAAAAAUUUUGAUUCAUAUUCCACCAAUCACAUCGAUCUACGAAUACUUGUUUGUAUGUUUUGUGGCGAUCAGUAUGACAUUGAAAACAUUGUGAACCCACUAAUAGCUGAAUCAACAACUUGCAAAUCGUCAGAGCAUUCAAUUUUAAUUGACGUAUUCAUAGGAGACUCAAAAAAGCGAAUUGAAUUUAUCCUAUCAUCUUAUCAUGGUAUUAAUCAGUACCGCGAAGAACUAAUUCAUGGGUAUAUUUAUUUCUAUUCUGGAAAACGUAGAUCUUCAUUUGCUAAUUUAAGUGUUUUAGCCGUACAAAAUUCCAACAUUCCAUUACAAAUAAUCGCAGUAACUGAAAGUGGAGGCGCAAAUGCAUUUUUCAGCAGUGAAAUUUGUCAAUUUCUAAUAACAGAAGGAAAUUCUUUGGCUGAUAGAUGCAAGGGAAAUUUUAUGACAUUCUCUGCUGAUCAAUAUGUCAAGUUCGCUUUCUAUACGCCCUUUUUGAAAAAUGUUUGGGAAAAUAAGUAUGAAGUAGAGAAUUUGCAUGUGGAGGAGUCAAUAACUUUGGAUUCUGGAGAAGGUACUUUGGAAAAUUCAGUUAACCAACUGCCCCGGCCACCGCCUCGUCAUGAGAGUUAUAUGUUGUCUAGCACCAUGGGUACGGAUGGAUCUGGAAGUGAGAACUACGAAAUGCUCCCAACACGAUCAUUGAAUUCGUUAAAUGAGGAAAGAGAUAUAUCUCUAGAUGAAAUUUACGACGACAACGAAAAGCCGAAACACCAUCAUCAAAGGUUUCAGAUUUUCCCACCUCCAACAACUCCUCCAGAGCCUGCUCCACCUGAUCAUCAACUCAUAACGUGUACAUAUAAGAGUCAAUUCGUAUCGGCUUCCGAGUCUAGUUUGGAAGAAAUAACAUCUGAUGUAAGUGGAUCAAAGGAUUCAUUGGCCACACAUGAAGCAGAGUGGCUUGAUGAUAAAAAUGAACCGAGAAGAAAUUUAAAUAAAAAUUCCAUUUGGAAUAACUUUAGUGGUUCAACACACGCCUAUACUACCGGUCGCCGUCAUAUUGACUCAAAUUUAAAUAAGAUUCGUCCAAAAGGCCCCAGUCAAACAUUAAAACAACCUGGAAAAUUAAAUAUGAAAAACUUCCAACUAGUUAGUGAGGCAGUUGCCAAAAUGAAUUUCGGAGGCGACUCUUUUCUACCCGCUUCUGAUGCUGAUAAAUGUUCUAAACGCUAUACCCAUUUUAAUCAUACUCAAUUGGAUUGUGACGAAGAUGACUCUGAAGAGUUGGCUGAAUACGAGCAGAUUUAUGAAAAUGAAGACUGCACCGAGUCUGACAGCUGUGCAAGUUCAACCGAACGUAAGGUGCGUCAGCAAAAUAGCUCAUAUUACAAACUUAAUAAGAAACCACCAACAAAUAAAAAAACCAAGAAAAAGAAGAUUGCCAUUCCCGUACAAACACCGAGAGUUCCACUGUUCGGGUCCUACGUAAGCCCACCAGAGAUUCCUCAACAUUAUCACAGAACUGCGUCUGAUACUAAGAAGCCAGGCGAACAUUGCACAAAUGAGCUUGUAAAGAAUGAUAAAUCACCAGAUUAUUCCAUGGUUCCUGAAAGUAUUAAUUUGUUCGGGUCAGAAAAUUUGUCUGAGCUUAAUAUAAAUCCGAAAUCUCUGAAAGACUUUGAAAAAACGGAGAAACGCCGAUUGAAGGAAGACAAUGCUAGACUUCGAAAAUUGCAAGAAAAGGAAAAGGAGCAGGAGAAGAAACACAAACGAAAAUUAAAACAAGCUUCAAAAGGAUUAUCCGACAAUACUGAAUCUCAUUUUGGAAAAUUACUAAUCUCAGACAAAGAUGAAAUUCCUACUUUUCUUAUAAGAUGUGUAGAAUUCAUUGAAAAAGAAGGUCUUGAUUCCGAAGGUAUUUAUAGAGUGCCAGGAAGUCGAGCGCACGUCGAUUUACUUUUCCAAAAAUUCGAAGAAGAUCCACAUACAGUAAUUGAUGUACUCGAUAUUCCAGUAAAUGCAGUGGCAACAGCGUUGAAAGACUUUUUUUCAAAGCGGCUGCCGCCAUUAUUUAGCAAAGAUAUUAUUAAGGAACUAGAAGAUAUUGCAGGCUCACGAGGUAUUGGCUCAUCCAAAAUUAAUGUGGAAGUAAAAACGGACAGAAGCUGUCGAUUGAUAUUACUGAAGACUUUAUUACAGAAAUUACCGCCCAUAAAUUUUUUGAUCCUCAAAUACAUUUUCGAACACUUCGUUCAUGUAUCCGAGAAUUCCAAAUUAAAUAGCAUGGAUAGUAAAAAUUUGGCUAUUUGCUGGUGGCCAACAUUGAUUCCUAUUGACUUCACGGAUAUGAGCCAUUUUGAGCAAUUGCGGCCAUAUUUAGAAGAUAUUGUGCAGACGAUGAUUGACCAGUUUCCCUAUUUGUUCUGCGGAAAAGAUGCUUUUGUUAUGGUUUAAAUACUCGUAUAUUCCAGUAAUUGUAAAAGCUUAAUUUUAGAUGUUAUUAUGUGGAAGAAUAUAAAAAGAAACUGUGUUUUAAUGGCUUUGUUGUGUGAAGUGAUGUUUAAUUAAGAAUAUUCGAAUAUGCGUCUAAAAUAAUAAUUUAUAUUAUGUGUUAAAUUAUAUUUAAGCUAUAAAUGUUUUAAAUGUCUUGUAUGUAUGUUUAACGAGUUGUGUAGUGAUAUCUAUGCCAUGUGUAUGUAUGCUUAUAUAUAUUUUUUAAAUUUGAGUGUAUUAUUAUUGUAGAUGUUGUUCUAUAAAUUGAGCUAAAGAAACUUUAUCAAAGGAACACUUCUGAAAGCAACUAAAAUAUGAAUGAAAGAAAUAGAAUGCAUUCAUAUACAUACCUAUAAAAAUAGAGCAAAGUAAAAUAAUAACGAUAAUGGAAAGAUUUGUAUAAAUGUGUGUCUAUUUCAUGAUAAACCUUAUAAAAUAAUGCAUUCGUAAUCAGCGCGAUUUGGUGUAAUUAUAUUUUUUAAAAUUAUGAUAUAUACGAGAAUCCAAAUGGAUAAUCGUCAUAAUCAAAAAGCACAAACGUAAAAACAAAUAAAAUAAUUCCAAACAAAA